AUGGAUCCUACUUCUUUUGCCAGUAUAUUGGCUGGAGUGAAGCGUAUGAGAGAGGAGUAUGGCGACGACGACAAGAAUAAGAAUGAAGGAGGCCAAGGGGCUGCUCAACAAGAGUUGCAAACAGAGGAUCCUCAAACUAAACAAGCACCACAACAGGAGGAAAUACAGCAACCGCAAAGUACUUCUGAUACUCAUGUACAGACGCCCAUACAACAACCAACGAGUCAACCGAGGGAGAGAAAAGAAAGAAAGGAUAUAGACUCCGCUAGAAUGAAUAGAAUAAGGAAUGGGGUCCAAAUGUAUAGUCAAAUUCAAGUAUCGCCAUCUCAAAAACAAAAUCCUUUACUUCAGAGUGCUUUACUAAAACAGAAGCCCAUUACAUUCAACAAAGAGAUCUUGUCAGAUUAUUAUAUAAACCCCAAUUUGCAGAUUUUAUUCUUAUCACUCAAGUACCACCAGUUACACCCUGAAUAUGUUUGGAGACGUAUCAAGAAAUUGAAUCAAGGAUCGGUGAUAAGCACAAGAAUGGAUAAUUCUUUGAAGGUCUUGUUAACAGUCAUAGAUAUAGAAUCUCCACAAGAUACCUUACGGAAGCUCAAUAGCAUAUGUGUCAAACAAGAUCUUACGUUGAUCAUAGCUUGGUCUUUUGAACAAGCAGGUAAUUAUGUUGCAAUGUUGAAGGAAAAUGAAUUAUCCGCAAAUAAAGUUAAUCUUAUCAUUAAAGGAAUCAAGAAUAAUGAUUUCACAUCCAACAUGAUCAACACCUUAACAACGGUCAAAACUAUCAAUAAGACUGAUAGUAUAAAUUUGAUUGCAAAUUAUAAGAAUUUCAAAACCAUCGUAAAAUCUGACAGCCAUCAGAUUCAUGGUUUGGGAGAUAGGAAGAUUAAGAAUUUGAAAAGUUCAUUCCUGGAACCUUUCAUUUUCAAUAAAGAGGAACGUACGGACGAUAUGUAA